CCACGUUCGGUUCGUUUGCUAUUUCCUUUCGGCUGUGUGUGUGCGUGUGAUGGACUAGUCCGCACUGAAUUAGAAUUUGAAAACUUAUUGAAAUAUAAAAGGAAAAAACAAUAUUUUUGUAUUUACGACGGGACGGUAUGCGUUAAAAUUUCGUGUGUGAAAAACAAAAAUAAAGAAAACGAAAUCAAACUGAAACCUCUUGGGAGGAGCAGUGUAAAAUAAUUGCUUAACGUGCAAAAAUUAAGAAAAAUUCAAAUUAAAUCGAAAUCAAAACCCAAAUCGAAUACGAUUUCCUCUCAUGCCAGGCCAGAGCAGGCCGUGUAAUCAAUAGACCCAGGGAAAACAAGUUACAAUAAAAACAAACAAAGCAAAAGGGAAGAUUCCUAGGCAGCCGCCGCUACAAAACCGAAAAUAGUGGCAGUGAUUUUGUUUGUGAUCUUUAAGAGCGACGAAAAUGCCAAGAAACGAAUAAAAUCGAAAAGUGGAUGAAUUAAUUCGAAAUUAAACAUUACUGUGCGGAUAAAAACAAAUUAAAUUCCUCUGUCGGUGGGCGAUUGUUACUGUUAAUGGUGCCAUAUUAAGGCCAACGUGUCAGUGUUUAUUUGUAGUGGCAUUGAUGCCGUUGGUGGGUUGUUUUGGACUUUGACAUCCACUGCGUUAGACUGUGAGAGCGGCCACUCCAGGAUUUACUGUUUCGUGACGCGAUAAAAACAAUAGCCAGCCACCACUGGUUGGUCAUCAAAUAAAUUUCCAUCAUCGCAAGUGUAUCAUCAUCGAGCGGCCAAGCGAACGACCUCUCGACCGAAAUAUCCACAACGCUAUUGCCAGUAUAGCAAUGGGAUGCAUGGAUGGACUGACAAACAGACAGACCUCUAUUUGACCAGCCCAAACAAAUCCACCGCAUAAAUUAACCAAAAUCGAAUUUCCAAACACUUGGCCAUAAUUGUUGCUGUUAUAAUUAUCUUUAUUGUUAUUGUAAUUGCCUACUCGAAGGUUUGUUUUUGACGUUAACGCAAGAAUACGCAGAGAAAUCGUCCAUCAAGCUAUUGUGAUCAAACAAGCGAAAGCCUUGAACCAUUCAUAUACCAUAUCAAAAAUUUUCUCCAUUACUUAGUGCUCUUUUUUUGGACAUAUCUUCAUAACGUGCAAUAAUUAGGAGUCGGGUGAACACACACAAUCGGCCUUCUCCAUGUUGGGCAAAUUCACUUCGAAUCAUGUUCAGGUUUAUCAUCAGUAUUCGCGUACUGUGUAAUUGAAGAAACCGAAAAAGCAUCAGCCUCGAAGUUGGAUUGAGACAAAUUUUCAGAAGCGAGAAUGCAUCAAAUUUAUACCAUGUCCCAAAGACGAAUCAAAAUGUUGCUGCGGCCAAGCUCGUCAAACACAUCAAACAAUUGCCGGCAUCGAAAGUGGCUCACCCGGUGACUUAUGGAUGCCCCAUAAGCACACACGGCCACAGCCUACAGAUGCUUAUGGCAUAAUUGAAUUCCAAGGCGGUGCCCAUCCCACAAAAGCACAGUAUGUGCGUCUCUCAUUCGAUACCCGUCCAGAACUUUUGGUGCAGCUUUUCACAAAGGAAUGGAACUUGGAAUUACCAAAACUCCUGAUAACAGUACAAGGUGGCAAGGCAAAUUUUGAAUUGCAGCCCAAAUUGAAGAAGGAAAUACGAAAAGGACUGCUGAAGGCUGCUAAAACAACCGGGGCUUGGAUUUUUACUGGUGGCACCAACACAGGUGUAACCAAACAAGUCGGUGAUGCUUUACUUCUAGAAGGUCAGCAGCGCACUGGACGAGUUGUGAGUAUUGGCAUCGCUCCUUGGGGCAUUGUCGAACGCAAUCAUGAACUUCUGGGUCACAAUCGUGAGGUGCCGUGUCACAGCAUCAGUUCUCCCAGAUCGAAGUUGGCUGUCCUCAAUAAUCGUCAUGCCUACUUUCUGUUGGUUGACAAUGGCACUCAGGCGAAGUAUGGUGCCGAAUUAAUACUAAGGAGAAAACUAGAAAAAUUCAUAUCAAAUUUGAAACUGCAUCCCUUUACACAUUCCAGUACUCCCGUUGUUUGCUUGGUUAUCGAAGGAGGUACAAAUACAAUACGUGCAGUUCUCGAGUACGUGACGGAUACUCCACCCGUACCCGUGGUGGUCUGUGAUGGCUCUGGUCGUGCUGCCGACUUGAUAGCUUUUGUUCACAAAUAUGCCUCGGAUGGGGAUGAACAACCGGUAUUGGAGUCUAUGCGGGACUAUCUCAUCGGUACGAUACAAAAGACAUUUGAGGUGGGCUCGGAUCAGUCGGAAAAGCUUUACCAGGAACUUCUGCAAUGCACGCGUAAUAAGAAUUUGAUAACAAUAUUUCGCAUUCAAGAGAAGCCUGAAGGCGAAGCACAAGAGUUGGAUCAAACCAUUUUAACGGCACUCUUCAAAUCACAGCAUUUGAGUCCGCCAGAGCAGUUGAGUUUGGCAUUGACCUGGAAUCGUGUGGACAUAGCCCGCAGUGAAAUUUUCGUCUAUGGCCAGGAAUGGCCAAAUGGAGCUUUGGAUGAAGCCAUGAUGCAGGCACUCGAACAUGAUAGAAUCGAUUUUGUUAAAUUACUUUUAGAAAAUGGUGUUUCGAUGAAGAAAUUCCUGACAAUACCACGCCUUGAGGAACUUUACAAUACCAAACACGGUCCAGCAAAUACUUUAGGCUACAUUCUACGCGAUGUUCGUCCUCACAUACCCAAAGGAUACGUUUAUACUUUACACGAUAUUGGCUUAGUUAUUAAUAAAUUAAUGGGUGGCGCCUAUAGAUCAUAUUACACACGCCGAAAAUUUCGUCCUAUUUAUGCCAAAGUUAUGAAUAGUUAUGCCAAUGCACACCGAAAGUCAUCGACAUACCAACGAUAUGCUGGAGCAAAUUCAUUAAGUCUCGUGACUGGACUGUUACCCUUCACAUCGGAAAUGGCCCUCUUUGAAUUUCCGUUCAAUGAACUUUUGAUUUGGGCUGUCCUAACAAAACGUCAACAAAUGGCGCUGCUUAUGUGGACGCAUGGCGAGGAAGCAUUGGCAAAAUCCUUAGUGGCCUGUAAACUGUACAAAGCAAUGGCUCAUGAAGCGGCGGAAGAUGAUCUAGAUACGGAAAUUUAUGAGGAAUUGAGAUCUUAUGCAAAGGAAUUUGAAAGCAAAGGGAUAAAAUUGCUAGACUUUAGUUACCGUACUGAUGGAGAAAAGGCCCAGCGUUUACUAACGUGCGAACUACAUUCGUGGUCAAACCAGAGCUGUCUCUCGCUUGCUGUAGCAGCAAACCACAGAGCACUCCUGGCACAUCCUUGUAGUCAAGUUAUAUUGGCUGAUUUAUGGAUGGGAGGAUUGCGAACAAGGAAAAAUACAAAUUUUAAGGUCAUGCUGGGAUUAAUUCUGCCAUUUUACAUAAAACACCUGGACUUUAAAUCAAAGGAAGAAUUGCAGCAAAUGCCUCAGACCGAGGAAGAACAUUUGGAAAAUCAAAACUUAGACAAUGAUGAUUCAGAUCGAUCGCAUCCCGAUGCAGAGAAUCCACUUACAAAAGCGAAAAGAUCGAUUUCCUUGAAAUAUAGGAUGGGCAGUAAUAACAAUAAUGCAGAAAAGGCACUUUUGGCGGACACAUAUUCAUUGCGUGAUACCAAAGUUCAUGAAAACGGAAAAGUUAAUCUCACUGCCGGAGCGGAUGAACCACCCUCCAAAGUAUCAUUGACGGAUUCUGAUCCCUCUCAGUUUCGUGAUUUUUUCCACAACACCGAGUAUGAAGUGAAACAGCAUCAGCCUUUGCGACUCAAGAAGAAGGUCUACGAGUUCUACACAGCGCCAAUAACAAAGUUUUGGGCAGAUUCCAUUGCGUACAUGUUUUUUCUUGUGAUGUUCACAUUUACGGUAUUGGUGAAAAUGGAGCCCGUUCCAAGAUGGCAGGAAAUAUACUCGAUUGCUUACAUUACAACACUGGGUUUUGAGAAAAUUCGCGAAAUUGUCUCUUCGGAGCCAGUGGCAAUUACCCAUAAGUUUUCGGUGUGGGCUUGGAACAUGUGGAAUCCUUGUGAUGGUGCCGCCAUAAUACUCUUCUUCAUUGGACUCUCGUUGCGUUUUCGACCCAACACCAUGGACAUUGGCAGGGUGUUCUAUUGUGUCGACAGUAUAUAUUGGUAUCUGAGAAUUCUCAACAUUUUGGGUGUUAACAAAUAUUUGGGUCCUUUGGUGACGAUGAUGGGCAAAAUGGUGAAGAAUAUGAUUUACUUCGUUGUCCUGUUAGCCGUUGUCUUAAUGAGUUUCGGUGUCAGCAGGCAGGCCAUACUUUUCCCAAAUAUGGAACCAACAUGGCGUCUCAUUAGAGAGGUCACAUAUCAACCAUACUUCAUGUUGUAUGGUGAAGUAUUUGCAGAUGACAUCGACCCACCUUGCGGCGAGAACCCUGGCCAAAACGAAUGUGUGACAGGUCAUUGGGUGACACCAAUAACUAUGUCAAUGUACCUUUUGAUAGCAAAUAUUUUGCUUAUCAACUUGCUGAUUGCAGUAUUCAAUAAUAUAUUCAACGAAGUCAAUUCCGUCUCUCAUCAGGUAUGGAUGUUUCAACGUUUCACCGUCGUCAUGGAGUACCAACAGAAGCCAGUCCUACCACCGCCUUUCAUUGCCUUCUGCCAUUUCUAUUCGCUGCUUAAGUAUUGUGUACGCAAAGCCAAAGGAUUGGAAGUCCAACGUGACAAUGGUCUGAAGCUUUUCCUGGAAAAGGAUGAUCUCGAACGUCUGUAUGACUUUGAGGAGGAAUGCGUUGAGGGCUUCUUUCACGAGCAGGAAAUCAUUUUGAAUCAAUCGACCGAAGAACGUGUAAAAAACACCACGGAACGUGUGGAAACCAUGGUGCAGAAAAUUGAGGACAUCAAUCAGAAGGAAAACCUGCAAACUGCCACAGUUCAGAAUAUAGAAUUUCGUCUUCGGAAAAUGGAAGAAUCUUCUGAACAAAUCUUAAGCCACCUUGCUGUUAUUCAUCGUUUCAUGGCAAUGCAUACAAUGGGCCAAGAUGAGUUGAAUGCCUCAAAUUUAAAUAUUGGACCAGGGGACUUGCAGCGCAUCCGCACCGUUUCAAUAUCCGACAAUGAAGCUGGCAGUGGUGGUGCGGGUAGUGGUGGAACGGGUGGUGGCGGUGGGGGCAGUUCUGGAGGAGGUCUCACACCCGCUACUCAAAAUCUACAAGUAAACAAUAGAAGACGCUUUAAUCGAUCUCUUACGGAAGUACGUCCCGAUGCGUACAUUUUUGACGAUGGCACACACUUUGAGGUUGUGCCUGUACCUGAAGAACCUGACGAGGUUGUGAAAUCUAGAGAAGCCCUUAACGAACAGGUGGUGCGUAAGGUGUCUGUGCAGUCCGAAUCGGAUUCAGACAUUUAUAUACCCCUAUCGCAAAGACCCUCGACGUGUGAGACUGUCAAACGUACACCCUAUGUUACUGUCCGACAAGACACCGGAGCGAGCACUGAAAGUAAGGACACCUUGACCCCUCUGGGUCAAGACGAUGACCAGACCCUAGUUGGAGAAACUUCAGAUGAGACGGGACCAGAUAUAAACUUUGAAGCUGCCAGGCAUCGAGCCAUGCGACAACGCACGGUUUCUUUAUGUCGCAGAAAUUCUGAGACAUGCUCAAUAAUUGGCGACAUAAGUCGUUCCCACAUAAGUCUGAACCAAUUGCAUCUAACUAGACGUCAAAUGAGCCUGACGCAUUCGGAACCAGAGAGCGACAAGGAUACACCCACUGCUACAGGAAAAUCUGUUCUGCAUGCAAAACCUUCGAGAAAUAUUCUCUUGAAAUUGCACAGCGAAUACACCUCGAUAACGGAUGAAUUAGAGAGUGUUUGCCAUAUGAUUGCCUCACCCACGGUGUCCUUACCAAGUCACAAGACAUCGUUGGAUCGCCCCAAAACCGAAAUGUCCAAAGCAGAAGCCGCUGCCUUGCUGGAAAAGCAGCAUCUGAAGGAGUGCGAAGAGAGCGACUAUCAAAUGCUUGAGGGUCUUUUCCAGGCUCGUGCCUCCAUUGAUGAUACCGAUGAUUCUUAUGAUGCGGCCAUAUCUGUAGAUUACAGUCAUCGUUAUCCCCUGCGGCGAGAAACUGCUGUCGAACUUUCCCCUUCCAAACCUCCGACGGGAGGCGGAGUGCUUGGUGGUGAUAGUAGCGACACCAGUGGUCCUGCUGCUGCAGGUUUUCUUGUGAAAAAUGAGCGUCCUUGGCAACGCAAUUCAUCCAUGGACCAACAACAAACCUAUCACUCACCGGUUGUUCCCCAACGUGCUACAAGUGAAUUUCUAAAUCCACCGUACGAGAGUAGUGGCCGCCUGUUCAAGAAAUCAAGCGAGAGCUUGCAGAAGAACUCUAGCACGGACACCGAUUACUCAGCCCAUCCAUACCGCUUCAUAAAGCAGAGUUCAAACGAAACCACCACCUCUAUGACCGGUUCCUAUAACAUCGACACGCCCUCUCUGACGGCGGAACCAUCACUGGACGCUGUGGAUGUGCAAUCACAAGCCCAGGCAACGACAGUGCUCGAGGGCGGUCUCAGCCAAAGUGGAGGUGGAGGACUGAGUAUCACAGCUCGUUAUCAGCCGUUGCGAACAUCUUCGGUAGGGGCUUCAGAUAUGAGGCGACCUACCGAGGAUGUGGGUACAUCUGUUGAUUUCGGAACAACGACGAUAAUGGGGCAGGUGCAACCACCUCCACGAGCUAUGCAGCUGAAGAAACAGUUUAGCUUGGACCAGGGCAAACAGCCACAACCACCACCGAUACCACCCACAACACGCAUAUCACACGCCGAAUUGCCCACCACAGAAACCGCCUCCACAUCGUCCCUUCAAACCCCGACCAAGGUGUUGCCUACAAGUGGCAGUGGUAGUGUUGCAUUGCCUCCCACGGUUCCCGCCAAAUUGCUUUCCUCGCUCAAACCGCCUCUAACCAGCAAACUCGGCAUGAACAUACUCAAGGAGAGUAGCUCGAGCACUGAAGAAUCCAAAGAUGGAGAUUCUGCCGCAGGCUCCAGCACCCCAAUUCCCCAAAUCCCUCAAAUUAGCACCGACCUGGUGCAGGACGAGAUUGCCAAGCUAUCGUCGAACAUCAAAAGCAGUACCGAAUCAGAGAAGGAUCCCCCCUACAAUGAGACCAUGUGCUGAUUUUUGUUGAAACUUUCAACCGCCUUGGGUCUUGCAUCAUCACACGAACCCUCUCCUUCCUCUUCCUCGUCCUCCUCCGUCACAGCGGCAAAUGCACCGCAAAAAAACAACCAAUUUCUAUCGAUUGUAAAUAAGUUUUAGCCUAAGCGUGUAUUUUGUUCAUAAGAUCGUUUUAUUUUUUAAAUUUUUGUACAAAAUCCAAAAUGAUGUGCAUAAACAAUACAACAACAAUAAUAAACCAUUCGGAUUUUCGGUUGUCUCAAAAACCUUCCCACAUGCAAUGAGUCCAACGGACUCUAACGUAAUACAAAGUCGAUAUGCACACUUUUGUAUGUGAGAAGGUGCCAUGUAAAUGUUUAGAUUAAAGGUGAUCGUUGCUUUCAAACUUCAAAAGACCAUUUAAGCUUAGUCACUAGUCUUAAAGCGUAUGUAUGUAAGUAUAAAAGUAGGUAUACCCAUACUAUGUAGUGUUAUGUCUAGAUUUUAAAAUUGUUUUAUAUGUCUGCUCGUAUGAAUGUAUCCUCGACCUUGUGCUUUUUACAUAUGCAUACCUCCUACAUAUCUUCGUAACUAAGUAAGUAAGGAAUCAUUCAACCUCACCGUCUAUCCAAUGUACUUAUCCUCCUAGAAAAGAUUAUGUCAAAACUCUUUUGUUGCAAUUUAAUUUAUUACACAUGAGUAAAAUAUAAUAAUGAACCAAUGUGAAA